AGUACCACAAAUUAACUAGAAAAAAAAAGUGCAGUUCCAAAAACUUAACUUUUCUCUAAGGCAUCCUUCUGGAGCCCAUUUUAGAGCUAUAUUUACCAUGUUGCCCCUAUUCCCAAUGAAUCUUCUACAGACCUCACCCAGGUUCUCUUCCUUAUCCUUAUUCGGAGUUCUACCCCACAGACCACUUCUGACCUCAUAAUCCCUUCACUGCAACCUCAGGCCCCACCCCCUAGCGAUGGUGGUUAUCUACCACUGCCCUUAGCUCUCUCAGCUCUCUGCUGUCUUCCCUGGCCUGUGCUUCCUUUAGCAUGUAAUCCACCUGCCUCUCCAAUCCCCCAACCCCAUGGAUUUCCCAAGGUCUCCAGAACACCCUCCUUCUCCAUGACUCAUCAGGCCCCUUCUGAAGAAUAAGAUCUUGACAGCAUGUUCAUCUACAUCAAACAUGGAGGUGAGGGGGCAUCACGGAGGAACUGGAGUACAUGUGCAGGGCUGGGAAGGUUUGAGGGCAGUGGCGAUCACAGGAACAGUAUAACCAGGGAAGGGCCAUAUGCCCCAUUCCAUCUCUUCUCAGAUAGUCAAAUUUUCAUUGCCAACACCAACUGUGCUGUCUACCACCUGCUGUAUUAUGUCCGCAGAAAACUGGGGUUGUCUAAAAGAGGCUCCAUCGAUUUGUGUGAUACAACAGGAACAAUGAAGUUGUUUUUCCUGAUGAAGAAGCCCGGAGACUAUGCCACCAAAUACCUUACAGCUCGAAACACCUACUAUGUCUGUAGGGUGAUACGCGGGAAACCAGGAACACCACGUGCGAAUGCCUUCCUAGCCUUUGUACCUCUCCUGAAGAAUCCAGAACAUUCAGUAGUCGAGGCCUUGCGCUUACAAUGUGCCUUAAUGGAGAGAAGCCGACUGAAAAUGCUCGCAAUCAAACAAGCCAAGAAACUCGCUAAAGCUGAAUCCGCUAGGAGCUUGGCAGUAAGACUCCCCAAAUUUAGUCUGUCCCAGCGCCCCUUUCCCCCCCCAGCCAACCAGGCUCCUCCACCAUGGUCCUCUGGGGUAGAUUUCCUUUCCAAAUUCAACACCCAUGCCCAAGACCUGCCCUUCACCUCUGUUGUCCUGCCUUUGGCCCUAGUUUGUAGAAAGCUUCCUUGCACGAACCUCUUUACCUGACUGACCCUUUCCUCUUCCAGUCCAAAAAAGGUGGAACCAAGUCCACUCGCAAGGGCGCAGGCCAGAAGCUCAGGGUAAGCUUUAAAACUCCCACUCCGAAGCAGAAACGAAAACCAAAUAAAAAGUGACCCAGUGAGA